UUCAUUACAGAGGCGUUUUCCCAGGAACGCUUCUUGUUUGAAAAGAAGAAGGGGGGGGGAGUGGUUUCCUGACUUGGAGACUACGACUCCCGGCAUCCCCUAUGCUCCUGCGCAUGCGGGAAAGAUGGGAGACGAAGAGAAGCAGCAGCCGCGCGUGCUGCAGAUGGUACGAGCUGAGGGGUCGGAUAAGAGCUGUGUCACGUUUGUGCUCAACAAUGAAGAUCACACACUUGGCAAUUCUUUGAGAUACAUGAUUAUGAAAAACCCUGAAGUUGAGUUUUGUGGUUACAGCAUCACCCAUCCCUCGGAAAGCAAAAUCAACUUCCGCAUCCAGAGCAGAGGAGGCCUACCUGCUGUAGACACGUUCCAGAAGGGACUGGAAGACCUUAUGGGUGUUUGCCAACACGUGCUUAACACAUUUGAGGCAAGUGUAGAAGAAUACAAGGCCAUGAAUGAUUUGACAAUGCAAUAGUGUGCCAACACCCACAGAAUGGGUAAACCUCUGCAUACAGCGACGGGUUUGGGGACUACGACUUAUUAAAAGGACAUUUUGGUUUUUUUAUUUAAAAAAAUAUCUCUUUUUCUAAGACCUGCGUGAUGGGAUCCACAUUCUCCCUUUAAAGUUUACAACACACCUAUCGUCAGGGAGCGGCGAGAAUCCUACGUUAAUACUGCAGGUAUUUUAAUUCAAUGGUGGUAACUCUUCAAGAUCUGAAAGUUUCUAGGUUUUCCCCACACAAGUGAAGGUUCAAGUCCCUGCCCAGCACCCACAUGUCCAUCACAUGAUCCAAUCAAUCACCAGCUCAACUGGAGAUGCCUCCCAGUCACGCCACUCCAGGUGCGGGACAAGAUGUCCUUGACGCUCUGAGAAAAGGAAUGUUGUUAUGAUUAUAUAUCCCCCAUACUCCAUAUGGUGUAACGGGGCCCAGCGUCCACCACAUGAACACAUGCAGCACGCACAUGCGCACAGUGCAUGCAUGC